AUAGAUGAAUUAUUAAUAUUCAUAAAAUUAAAUAGAUAAAUUAAACUGAAUUUAUUAUUUUUAUUAUAAUAAAUGGAUGCAUUUCGUAGGCAUUAGAAAUUUUGAACUAGUAAAAUGUAAGACAGCGCUAUAUACAUGGGCUUAAUCCACUUUCAACUUUAUCCAUUACUCACGUAGCUUUUUUUAGUUUCGAAAAUUCUGACAUGAAGUACCAAAAAAUGUGAUACAUGGAUGAAGUAUUAUUUUUAACCAUUAGAUUUAAUAUUAUAAUAAUCAACGAUUCAGAUUUGUUACCCGUAACUUUGAAAAAAUAAUUUUUAUAUUUUGCAUAUUAGUUCUUGUGUAAAGUAUUUUACGUAGGAACUCACCCACGCCGCUACCCACGGCGGCGCCCAACACCACCGUCGCUACCGCCCAUGACCGUGACCGUAACAGAACUCGCGAUAGAAAAAGAGACAGAGAAUGAAGACGAAACAAGGAUGACCGUGACCGCGACCACGAUCGUGACCGUGACCGUGAUCGAGCGUGUAGCAAGAGAUCCCAUUCGCCUUAGCCUGAUUGUAGCCACUCCCGCCACACGCACUCUCCCUCGCCCACCGAUUGCUCCCACCGUCCCCGCCACCAUCGAACUCCCUCCCUCGACUCGCUACAGAAGCGCCACCAGAGAGAUCUUUGUGGAUGAGGAGCAUAAGGAGACGAAGAAGGCAGUGUCGAACUUCGUGGAUAGCAUCGUGAAGGAGCAGCAGAAGCAAAAGGAGAACUAAGGCACAAGAGAAGACGAGGGGAACUAGGAUGAGGUGGAGAUGAUGAACUUGGGAUUCCCACUAGAUUUGACUCCACCAAGGGGAAACUGGUCGCCGGUGCUAACAUCAACGGCGUCACAACCGUCACCAAGCGCCAACCGCGCCAAUACAUGAACCGCCGCGACGUAUUUAACCGUUCAUUGCCUACUGAGAGGAAUCACUAGAGUUUUUUCAGUCGCCACCCACGGCGGCGCCCAACACCGUCGCCACCGCCGCCACCACCACUUCCACCACCCGGUUCCCACCCCCUGCCCCGCAUCGCCUCCCUCAUCCACUGCCACCUUCCAAUCCUCCAUCAGCAUAAAAUUAUUUAACAUAAGGACUAUUUUUGCAAUUAAAAAUAAGUUUGAAAACUUGCUAUUACUGGUCAUUUGACUGCCUCAUGGAUAAGAUAUUGGUUCAACUACUUCAUGUUAGAAGUGCUAGCUCUUUCAGUUUAUGUAUUGAAAAGUCCAAAAUUAAUUAUCAGUUAUAUUUUGUCGUACAUAAUCAAGUCAUUCCUUCCGGAAAGCACUAGUAAUUGUACUUGGAUACGCACAUAUUUAUGUUUGUAAAUAAUU